GUCGGCGGACGGGAGGAGGAAGCGGCGGCUUCUGCGCGGAGGCAGCGGCCAGGCCCGGCCCCGCGGCCCGCGGUGAGUGACGCCGCCUCCGCCUUCCCCCGCCUCGCCCCUCACCGGAGGGACCCUCUCCGGGCUGGGUAGGACCGGACCGGGCCUAGCGUAGGGGGCGGGGAAAGCUCCUACCGCGCCGUUAGGCCUAGGCCGCCCGCCCGCCCCCGCCCUGCAGCCAGGCCCGGCGGCCGCUCGCUUGGAGCUGAGGGGAGAAGGAGGAGGGAGGGAAACGAACGGCGAAAGGCGAUCCGGAGCCGGGAAGCGGAGGCAGGCUGGGCCGGGAGCCGGGUGCGUGUGUGUGUGCCCGCCGGCCCGGUGCCCUUGGUGGGGGGGGGGGGGGGGGCGGCGGCGGGGCCGUCCCGGGCGGCCCUGAGGUACCGAGCCGCCCGCCCGCCGCUCCUCACGGCUUCCCCGCCAUAACGGCCGCUCCGCGGGCGCUCGACUGCUCCUCGGGCCCCUUUCAAGAGGGCGAUUUACUCACCUGGUCUUCAUCUCCUGCAGCUGAUCUUUCUUUAGAUAGUAGCUUUGAAAAUGAAGGUCAGAGGAUUCAACUGGUGAAGAAGAACUGAACACCUCGAAGGGUCAACUCUGAUUUCAGAUACGGUAUCUAAAGGCAUUUGUGCCUGAAGCCACGGAAGAUAGAUGGACAAGCCAAGCAACUUCUGACUCUGCAUCAUUUUCUGGGGCAAAAUUAUAUGGCAAUGUAUCCUACAAGGGUGUCCGGUGAGGAAUGCAAUGGGAUCAAUAGCAUGUCGGCGGAGAGCGGCCCUGGAACGAGACUGAGAAAUUUGCCGGUAAUGGGGGACGGACUAGAAACCACCCAAAUGUCUACGACGCAGUCGCAGGCUCAACCCCAACAAGGCAGCGCCGUAGGCGUUAAUCCCCCUCCGCCGGAGACCUCCAACCCCAACAAACCCAAGCGACAGACCAACCAGCUGCAGUAUCUGCUCAAGGUGGUGCUGAAGACGCUGUGGAAGCACCAGUUUGCGUGGCCUUUCCAGCAGCCCGUGGACGCCGUCAAGCUGAACCUCCCCGAUUAUUAUAAGAUAAUUAAAACUCCGAUGGAUAUGGGAACAAUAAAGAAACGCUUGGAGAAUAACUACUACUGGAACGCUCAAGAAUGUAUCCAGGAUUUUAACACGAUGUUUACAAACUGCUACAUCUACAAUAAGCCAGGGGAUGACAUAGUCUUAAUGGCAGAAGCUCUAGAAAAGCUUUUCCUGCAGAAAAUCUCCGAAAUGACCCAGGAGGAAACGGAAAUCGUCAUAGCCCAGACGAAAGGAAGAGGACGCGCGAGGAAGGAAGCAGUGACAUCCAAACCAGGAUCAUCCACGGUACCGAACGCAACCCAAGCAUCGUCCCCGGCGCAGACGCAGGCGCCGCAGCAAAACCUCCAAUCCGCACAGACGACUCAUUCCUUUCCUUCCGUCACCCCCGACCUCAUCGUCCAGACCCCGGUAAUGACGAUGGUGCCUCCUCAACCUCCUGCGCCGCCUCCGCCUGCUCCCCAGGCCCCCGCGCCGCCGGCCCCGGCCCCCCAGCCCAUCCAACCUCACCCUCCCGUUAUCCCGACACCCGCCCAGCCCGUGAAGACAAAAAAAGGGGUGAAGAGGAAAGCAGACACCACGACGCCAACGACCAUCGACCCAAUUCAUGAAUCGUCAUCGCUGCCUGCCGAACCCAAGUCCACCAAACUGGGUCCGCGCCGGGAAAGCAGCCGCCCGGUGAAACCUCCAAAGAAGGACGUUCCAGACUCUCAACAACACGUAGAAAAGAGUAGUAAAAUAUCCGAGCAGUUAAAAUACUGCAGCGGGAUCAUCAAAGAGAUGUUCGCCAAGAAACACGCUGCCUACGCCUGGCCCUUCUACAAACCCGUGGACGUGGAGGCGCUGGGACUGCACGAUUAUUGCGAUAUCAUUAAACAUCCCAUGGAUCUGAGCACAAUCAAAUCUAAACUGGAGAACCGGGAAUACCGAGAUGCUCAGGAAUUCGCGGCGGACGUACGAUUGAUGUUCUCCAACUGCUAUAAGUACAACCCCGCCGAUCACGAGGUGGUGGCCAUGGCACGGAAGCUGCAGGACGUGUUCGAGAUGCGCUUCGCCAAAAUGCCGGAUGAACCGGAAGAACCUGUGAUUCCAGCUUCUUCUCCUGUGGUGGUGCCACCUCCCACCAAGGUGGUUCCCCCUUCGUCCAGCGACAGCAGCAGCGACAGCUCCUCCGAUAGCGACAGUUCCUCGGAUGAUUCCGAGGAGGAGCGAGCUCAGCGGUUAGCGGAGCUCCAGGAACAGCUUAAAGCAGUGCAUGAACAGCUUGCAGCCCUGUCCCAGCCGCAGCAGAACAAACCAAAGAAAAAAGAGAAAGACAAGAAGGAGAAGAAGAAAGAGAAGCACAAAAAGAAGGAAGAGCUGGAAGACGCCAAGAAAAGCAAAGCCAAGGAACCGCCACCCAAGAAGGCCAAGAAAAGCAACAGCAACAGCAGUACCUCCAGUAGUAAGAAGGAGCCUGUGACGGUGAAGAACAGCAAACCCCCUCCAGCCUACGAGUCUGAGGAGGAGGAGAAGUGUAAACCCAUGUCCUAUGAGGAGAAGAGGCAGCUGAGCCUGGACAUUAAUAAACUCCCCGGUGAGAAACUGGGCCGAGUUGUCCAUAUCAUCCAGUCGAGAGAACCCUCGCUCAAAAACUCCAAUCCCGAUGAGAUCGAGAUUGACUUUGAGACGUUAAAACCAUCCACUUUACGGGAGCUGGAGAGAUACGUAACGUCGUGUUUGCGGAAGAAGAGGAAACCUCAAGCGGAGAAAGUGGAUGUAAUUGCUGGUUCCUCUAAAAUGAAGGGGUUCUCCUCCUCAGAGUCUGAGAGCACCAGCGAGUCCAGCUCCUCCGACAGCGAAGAUUCAGAAACAGAAAUGGCACCGAAAUUGAAGAAGAAAGGGCAUUCGGGGCGAGAGCAGAAGAAGCAUCACCACCACCACCAUCAACCAGUGCAGCAGCAACCGCCGCCGCCGCAGCCUCCUCCGCCGCCGCAACCGCAGCAGCCCCCUCCGCCCCCUCCGCCGCAACCGCAGCCCUUACCGCCGCAGCCCUUACCGCCCCAACAGCCCCCGCCGCCGCCCCCGCCGCCGCCCGUCCCUCAACAAGCUCCACCGCCGAUGAAGUCUUCUCCUCCGCCUUUCGUCCCUGCGCAAGUCCCCGUCCUGGAGCACCCGCUGCCGGGGAAUAUGUUCGACACCAUGACGCAUUUCACCCAACCCAUCAUGCAUCUUCCUCAACCGGAGAUGCCGCCCCAUCUCCCCCAACCGCCCGAGCACAGCACUCCUCCCCACCUCAACCAGCAUGCCGUGGUGUCUCCUCCAGCUUUGCACAACGCUCUGCCUCAGCAGCCCUCGAGACCCAGUAACCGAGCCGCGGCGCUACCCCCGAAGCCUUCGCGUCCACCGGCCGUCUCGCCAGCCAUCAGCCAGCAACCCAUGCUUCCUCAACCGCCUCUGCCCCAACCUCCCCAGGUCCUGCUGGAGGACGAAGAACCUCCUCCGCCGCACCACAACCUGCCUCUGAGCACCAGCCAGAUGCAGCUCUACCUUCAGCAGCUGCAAAAAGUGCAGCCGCAGACUCCUCUUCUCCCUUCAGUGAAGGUCCAGUCGCAACCGCAGCCGCCCCUGCAGCCGCCGGCUCACCCCGCGGUGCAGCAGCUGCAGCACCAGCCGCCGCCGCGGCCCAUGCACAUGCAACCCAUGCCCUUCCCAUCGCACAUCCCCCAACCCCAACCGCCGCCGCAGCAACAUCCGCCCCCGCAACCGCCCCCGCCGCCCCCGCCGCCGCAGCCGGCCAAACCGCAGCAGGUCAUCCAACAUCACCCGUCGCCGCGGCACCAUAAGCCCGAUCCCUACUCGACCGGUCACUUGAGGGAAGCCCCUUCCCCUCUCAUGAUGCAUUCCCCACAGAUGCCGCAGUUCCAGGGUUUGGUCCACCAGUCGCCACCUCAACAAACUAUCCAGCCAAAAAAACAGGAGAUGCGAGCUGCCUCCGUCGUCCAAUCUCAACCCAUGGUGGUGAAGGAGGAGAAGAUGCAUUCGCCCGUCAUCCGUAACGAGACCUUCAGUCCCCCGUUACGGCAAGAUCCGCCGAAACACCCGGAGAGCAUCAAACCGCCCGCGCACAUUCCGCAACGGACGGAGAUGAAACCCAUGGAGGGGGGACGACCUGUCAUCAGACCCCCGGAGCAAAACCCCCCGCAACCGGGAGUGCAGGAGAAAGAUCGGCAGAAACAGGAGCCGAAAACACCCGUCGCCCCCAAAAAGGACCUGAAAAUCAAGAACAUGGGUUCCUGGGCAAGCUUGGUCCAGAAACAUCCCACCACUCCGUCCUCCACGGCAAAGUCCUCCAGCGACAGCUUCGAGCAGUUCAAGAGGGCGGCGCGGGAGAAGGAGGAGCGGGAGAAGGCACUGAAGGCUCAGGCGGAGCAGGUGGAAAGGGAGAAGGAGCGGCUGAGGCGGGAGCAGGAGAGGAUGAGGAGCCGGGAGGACGACGACACCAUGGAGCAGGCGCGCCGGAUGCACGAGGAGGUGCGGCGGCGCCAGGAGCAGCAGCAGCAGCAACAGCAGCAGCAACAGCAGCAGCAGCAGCAGCAGCAGCAGCAGCAGCAGCAGCAAGUAUCGACGGCGGCGGCGGCGCCCCAAGCCCAGAGCUCGCAGCCCCAAUCCUCCCAAUCCAUGUUGGAUCAGCAGCGGGAGAUGGCCAGGAAACGGGAGCAGGAACGGAGGCGCCGGGAAGCGAUGGCGGCGACGAUCGACAUGAAUUUCCAGAGCGAUUUACUGGCGAUAUUCGAAGAAAAUCUUUUCUAACGGCGCCUGGAGAUUUUGGGUUCUUUUCCUCCAGAUUUGACUCUUUAACAAGAAAAAAAAAAAAAAAAAGAAAAAAAACCCCACAAAAAUACCUUUUUUUUUUUCCCCCCUCCCCCUUCUUUUUCCCCAGCGAAAACCCAAGACAAAAAAAAAAAAAAAAAAAAAAAAAAAAAAAAGAAAAAAACAACAAAAAAAAAAAAAAAAAAGCUUCGGACUCUCCGUUAAGUGUUAAAAAAUAAAAAAAAAAAAAAGAAAAAAAAAAUUAAUAAUAAAUCCGGGAUCGGGAUCGUCCCGCAUGUACCGACCGGCGCGGGGAUCGGCGGGGUCUGCCUUACCCCCCCCUGGAUUUUGGGGUGGUUUCUUCUUUUUUUCCUUAUUUGCCUUUUUUGGGGGGUUUUUUUUUCCCCUCUUUUCACACCGAAACAACAACCAAAAAAAAAAAAAAACCAAAAAAAAAACCAAAACGGUCAAAUUUCCAAUUCCCAGCCAAACAAAGAAAGAAAAAUUUCCGGAUGCGAAAAACGCCGGGAAAAGGUUCUCCCCCUCCCCUCCCCCCCCGUUGUUCACUGUAUAUUUGGGGUUUUUUUGUCUUUUUCACGUAUUUUGGGGGGUUUUCGUGAUUACAAGGGGCGGCGGCCAUGGGGGCGGUUGGAAAUAAACCCGGUUUUUGGAUGGAUUUUUUUUUUUUU